UUCGUUGAUAAUGAAAUCAAAAUCAAAAUGGAAUAUGAAUUCUUGUGUAAAAAAAUGGAAAAAAUACAGCUCAAAUGUCCACAGAAAUACGAGAAAAUCGAAGGAAACUGGUGCAAUGAAACACACACUUUGCUCACACACACACACACACUCAAGAUGAGCGUCAAAGAAAGAAAUAAAGAAAAAUGCUCAUAAACUAUAUCGACCUAGGCGAACAUUCAGUGUAGAAACGGUAAACAUUGAUGAGAAAAAAACAUCAUGAUCCAAAUGUUCCAAAUUUCUGGAAAUGAUGUACAGAUUUGGUAGUAAUUUUUCCUCCAUAAAAAACCUUGAUGAUUAGAUUAAUUUUAAUUUUGUUCAUCAUAUAUGUCAUGUAUUUGAUCAAAUGUUCAAAGUGAACUUAUUAUUUGGACCAUAUUCAAAUCGUAUCACGCCAUGUGUGUGUGCUAAAGGUGUCCGACUAAUCUCACUAUUUUUGAUUGAUUGAUUAACUUGAUUUGUCAUUACAUCUUGAUGUACAUUAGAUUUAGAUUCACAAUUUAAUUAGCCAAUAAUUUACCAACGAGGAAAAUGUGGCAAUAUAAAUCGAAUGGAUAUUUAUCGUUUGUUUGUCAGCUUAUCAUUCAUCAUCGUUCAAAGCAGUGAAAUAUUCAAACAUGAUGAUCUUCAAAUAUUUAAUUGUUCUCGCACCAAUUAUCAAAUAUGAAACUAGCCGAUAGAAAUGAUUUGAAAAUCGUUAAAAAAUGAGAGAGAGUGAGAGAGAAAGUAAAAAAAUCACUUUCGUUGUUUCAAAUAUGACGAGAUGAUAAUAAAAAUAAAAAGAAAAAGAGAACACGAUGACGAGAAGCGUGGCUAUCGACGAUCGAUCGAUGGGGACAAGAUAAUAAUAAUAAUAACCUCAUAGCCAAACGAAGAAAGCAAACAACACACACACACACACACACCAAAUUUCCAUCAUUUCAUGAUUGUCGUUGGUUCUUGUAUGUGGUGUGUGUUUCAAUGUUACGAGGAACAAAACAAAACAAAAAAAAACGUUUUUCUUCGAAAAAUAAACCAGCGAGUUAAACCGAGUUUUUCAAUUUAACCUUCGAUCCACCUUGUUUUUCUAUGUACCCUUAUUUUUUGUUUGAUUAUCAUGAAAUGUCGCCAUGAUUUCGAUUAUGAUAACGUCAUUUGUGUAGAUAACCAGAAUGGUGUCUAAUGAUGAUGGAUGUACAUCAUGAAUUUCGAUAGAUAAAUGAAUAAAUAUCCUCAAUUUCAAAGCUCAUCAUCAAUUGUCAUUUCACCUAACGAUUUCACGUGAUUGUAAAUUAACCGUGCUGUCAUAUAAAUAUUGCCAUCACACAAGACAGUGAACAGUAAUUUUAGCAUACGAAUUUCUCAAAUUGAUUGAAAAAGAUUUAAAAAUGUCGCAACAAGAAUUAAAAUCCUCGUUAUAUAAUUCGAUGACAUGUCUAUCGAAACGAAACAAACAUUUAUUUCAUUGGCUAAUCGGCUCAUUGAGUAUGAUGACAUUAUAUCAAUGGUCAGCAUCGAUCAUAUUAUCAAUUAUUGUGGCAACCCUUUAUUUAAUCUAUUCAUUCACUGGUGGCAGUUGGUAUCUUUAUGGCUAUGUUGUCCUGAUGACCAUUUACCGUGAUGCAAUAAGCUUACUUCGUUUUUUACGAAUAAAUUUCUUUCUAUUUCGAAUGCGAAGAGGGAAUCGUUCGGUACCGAAAAUAUUCCAAUCAAUUUGUUCAUCACAACCGAAUAAAACGUUGUUCCAUUAUCAGGAUGAGCAAUGGACAUUCAAACAAGUGGAUGAAUUUUCCAAUAAAAUUGUCAACUAUUUUCUUGCGCAAGGUUUUCAAAAAGGCGAUGAGAUAGCAUUGUUUAUGGAAAAUCGGCCUGAAUACGUCGCUAUUUGGCUUGGACUAGCCAAAGCUGGUAUCGUUUCUGCAUUGAUCAAUAACAAUCAACGUAUGAACCCGUUGAUUCAUUCAUUGGUCGUAAUCAAAUGUAAAGCAUUGAUUUUUAGCUCGGAAUUAUUUCAAGCGGUCGAUGAAAUUCGUGAAGAUUUGAAAAGUAAAAAUGAUCACAUGAAAUUCUAUUGUUUCAAUGUUAAUUCAAAUGAUGAUCAUGAUCAUCAUAUGAUGAGGCAAGGAAAAGAAGUGUUUUGCAAAAAUUUGAACAUCGAAAUGGAUAAAAUGUCCAGUGAAGCACCACAAAAAAGUAUCGAUUCUGUUUCUUUCAAUGAUCGUUUACUAUACAUUUAUACAUCCGGUACGGAAGGAUUACCGAAAGCAGCAAUAAUAAAGAAUAGUCGUUUUAUCUAUAUGGGUGCUGCUACAAGAUUCAUGAUCAAUAUUAAAUCCGACGAUAUCCUCUAUACAUGCUUGCCAUUAUAUCAUCUUGCUGGUGGCACGAUUGGCGCAUGUCAAGGAGUUGUUUUUGGCAACACUAUUGCUAUUCGUGGCAAAUUUUCUGCAUCCAAUUUUUGGAAAGAUUGCAUUAAAUAUCGAUGCACCGUAGCUCAGUACAUUGGAGAAAUUUGUCGAUAUUUAUUAUCACAACCAGAAUCACCAUGUGAUCGUCAACACACGGUACGUUUAAUGUUUGGCAAUGGUUUGCGACAGAAAAUAUGGAAAGAUUUCGUCAAUCGUUUCAACAUCAAACAAAUUGGUGAAUUGUAUGGUUCAACCGAAGGAAAUGCUAAUAUGAUUAACGUGGAUAAUAAAGAAGGAGCUUGUGGUUUCAUAUCACAGAUUGCACCGAUAAUAUAUCCAGCUCGAUUGAUUAGAAUUGAUGAAGAUACGGGCAAACCAAUUCGUGACAAAAAUGGUCUAUGUGUUUGUGUUAAACCCGGUGAAACGGGCGAAUUUGUUGGUAAAAUUACUGCCGAUCCAACCAGAGCUUUUGAUGGUUAUGCAAAUAAAGAGGCCACCAAGAAGAAAAUCAUCUAUGAUGUUUUCCGAAAAGGAGAUUGUGCAUUCGCUUCUGGCGAUCUAUUGACCAUGGACCUAUUUGGCUAUAUUUAUUUUAAAGAUCGCUGUGGUGAUACAUUCCGAUGGAAAGGUGAAAACAUAUCGACAACCGAAUUGGAAGCAGUUAUCAGUGACACAAUUCAGUUGGCCGAUUGUAUUGUUUAUGGUGUUGAAGUGCCUGGUUGUGAAGGCAAAGCAGGAAUGGCUGCCAUUCUAGAUAAUGAUCGUACAGUCGAUGUUAAUGAUUUGUUGAAAAAAUUACGUCAAAAAGUGCCCAUAUUCUCCAUACCUGUUUUCAUACGUCUGGUGGAUCAACUGGAAUUAACUUCAACACAUAAAUUGCAUAAAGUUACUUAUCGUAAACAAGGAUUCGAUCCACAACUGGUGAAAGAUCCGUUAUAUUUUUUUGACUCGAAAAAUUUUACAUACAUUCCACUUGAUCAACAAUUGUAUAAUCAAAUAAUUGAAAACAAAAUUCGAAUCUAAACAAUCUGUCUGUGAUAGCAAUACGAAUUUAGUGUGUUCGACGAUAGCGCCAUAGUGUUUGUGAUCCGAUGCAUUUUCAUAAUAUAAUAAUAUAAUGAUGAUAAUAUGAUAAUAUAGACACUACACUCCAUUUGAUUCAUCUUCAUAUAUUCAUAUUCAUAUUCAUAUUCUCUUUAUAAAGCACUUGACGAAAUUUAAAUUUUUUUUGUCCAAUAAACAAUGAUGAAAUGAAGUUUCUAUAAUUUA